GUUAGCUCUGUGAAAAACUCAGCUGCAUAUAUUUAUUUUUUGGGGUGUUUGUAUAUUGACAGUCAGUUAAAUACGUGUGCCGAAUGGCGUCUUCUUGUUUCCUGAGCACAAGAAGAAGAAUUGUGUGCAGACACGGAGACAGUUAUCAGACAUAAUGGGCUUAAAUUGAUCACAUUUGGAAGAAAAAGUCUGCCAAGUCUGUGCAGCUUCAGAGACGGUCGUUUUCAACCGCAAAUCCUUUGCUCUUAAUUGACAGCGCGCACAGCCAAUGAGAAGCCAGCAUCAGCAGCAGCGGGCUGCUCUUUAUAAAGAUGCGGAGGCUGAGCAGCAGCAGAUGGCGGUUUCUGUGAGGAGCAGGAGGAACGGAGGAGAAGAGAGCGAGAGACACAGGUGCAGCGAGAGAGAGGAGGCAACAGAGUGAAGAAGAAGAAGAAGUAAAAAGAGAAGAAGAAGAAGAAGACUGGAGGACUUUUAAAAACUACGAGUUCAUUUCAAAUUACAGAAACUACACUGAUCCGCCAAAGGAGGAUUCUCUGUUUGGAAGAAGUGGAAGAAAGAGCUGAGCCUCCACAAGAGGUAUCGACCUCCCAUCAUGCAGCACUACGGGGUGAACGGUUACUCUCUGCACGCCAUGAACUCCCUCAGCGCCAUGUACAACCUGCAUCAGCAGGCUGCUCAACAAGCGCAGCACGCUCCCGACUACCGGCCCUCCGUGCACGCGCUUACGUUGGCGGAAAGACUGGCUGACAUCAUCCUGGAGGCUCGUUACGGUUCUCAGCACCGCAAACAGCGGCGCAGCCGCACGGCCUUCACCGCGCAGCAGCUGGAGGCGCUGGAGAAGACCUUCCAGAAAACCCACUACCCAGACGUGGUUAUGAGAGAACGGCUGGCCAUGUGCACUAACCUGCCCGAGGCCAGAGUGCAGGUCUGGUUCAAGAACCGCAGGGCCAAGUUCCGCAAGAAGCAGCGUAGCCUUCAGAAGGAGCAGCUCCAGAAACAGAAGGAGGCGUCGGGGGAAGGAGGAAAUGACAAAGAAGAUGCAGCUCCGUCCACGACCGUCCUUCCUGACACCCAGCUGCCUCCGUCAUCCUCUUCCUCGUCCUCAUCCUCUCUGGAGACAGACGGCCCGUUGGCCUGUCCCGCGCCGCUGGAAGUUGAGCUGAACGUCACUUCUGCAGAACAUUCAGGCAGCGAGUCUGCAACAGAGGAUAAUGGCACAGAUAAGGAGGAGGAGAGCAAGUCUCAAAGAGAGGACAUAAAGUGUGAGAGAGCGGUGACUCCUGGGGACGUCUCCCCGUGCAAAGGACUCAGUCCUAAACCAGACUCUCCUCUGGUCUCUCCAUCUGUGACCCCCUCAUCCAGCAGUGGCCUGCCCAGCAGCGGACCUCUCCCUCAGGGUCACUCUUACUCCUCAUCUCCUCUCAGCCUGUUUCGUCUGCAGGAGCAGUUCCGUCAGCACAUGGCCGCCACCAACAACCUGGUGCAUUACCCCACAUUUGACCUCGCUGCCCCGCCUUCGCUUCCCUACCUAGGAAUGAAUGUCAACAUGCCUCCAGCUCCUCUGGGGUCUCUUCCCUGUCAGUCCUACUACCAGUCCCUGUCCCAUCAUGCCCAGCAGGUGUGGAACAGCCCACUGCUGCAGGCGUCAGCUGCCGGCGGCCUCGCCGGCCACAACAGCAAGACGACCAGCAUUGAGAACUUGCGUCUGAGAGCCAAGCAGCACGCCGCCUCCCUGGGACUGGACACAAUGUCUAACUGAGCAAACAAGAGAAAUAUCUGAAGGAUGUCCUGCUUUGUGUCUACCCGACUGUGAUAGAUAUUCAGGAGCUGUACACUGAUGCUCUAUGUGAGAAGACCGAGGAAGCAGAGGUGUCCUAGAAUAACCCAUGCCAUCACAGACUGGAAUAAAUCAAAUAACUUAAUACAUUCACUUACAAAACUCAUCACACUCCUAAGACCUUAGGUCAAAGUUAGUCAUCGUUGCUAUAAAAAGAUUCAACAGAUCAAGUCAGUGUCUUCAAAACAAAAGUAUGUGAUGAUUUUCAACGGGCAUGUAAAGUUCAACCUCCUUCUCACCUGGAUCGAUAAGAAGAAUAGAAAAAAAAAAGUUUGACUUCUGAUAAUGUGAAAAGCUGACGAUGAAUGCACUCAGUACAAAAGACAAUGCAAACAAUGUUUACAAGACAAAUGUGAAUAUUUGUGGCACUUUGGGCGGAACUAGGCAAAGAAAAACAGAAGGCAUCACUCUUACAACAGAGAGGGAGGGAGGGAGAGAGAGAGACCAUCGACAUUUCAAUUAGUGAAAGACAUUUAUGUACAUAGCAUGUACUACACAACGGCACAUAAAUAAAAAUAAACUGCAGCCAUGUUUCCCUCAACAGCAUAAUUAAACGUGACUAAUUUGCCAGUUUAAUGGCCAGUAAUAAUGCCACUUUGUACAGAGGCUGGCUUCAUAAUGAGAAAAUGAUUUCAGUGAAUAAAUUCUCAAAGCUUUUAAUUACAUUUUGCCCUGGGCUGAGGGAGCGGUGGCAGAUGCAGUUAUAAGCAUGCAUACCAUUUAAUGCUUCCCAUAUAAACCCGCCAAUUGGAAAUACAUUUAACCUGAGUAAAAUUCAAUUAAUAUCAAUGGAAAAAAUAUUUUAAAAAUACAUCAAAUUUGUCUGUUUUUCUUUUUAAUUCUUGCCUUAACAUAUUUUUAAGGAAACACGCAGAAUUUCACUGAAAAGUCAGGUCGACUGUUAGCACUUGGUGAGGAGAUUCACAAGGGUCUCUAAUGUUUUCUGACAAGUAAAGUCUUCGUAUGAAAAAGGCACAUUAUUUUAUUAUGUAAAAUAACAAAAAACUUUAUCUAUAAAUGUUACUUGUAGGGUGAUUGUAAAGUCCCUAUUACGUUGUACAGCCGGUAACGUUCACAGACCAAACUCAUGUAGCUGUCAGAUUGUAAGAUUGUAUCUGCACAAGUCCCUGACCCUGCAGAGCCCUGCUCCCUUUUGUCCUCUUUUGGUCGUCUGUGUAACUGUCCUGAGUUCAAUCUAUAUUUUUUAUCUUCCAAGUUUCUUCUCUGGAACUGAUGGAGACAGAGGCAGUGAAAUGGAACCGGCUGCACAUUGUCACUGUUUGUGGUCUGCAAUCGAGCCAGACAAGAAAAACCUGACGUCUAAAAAAUAAAAAAAUAAAAAA